CCGCCCUAGAAUGCCGUUUCACAUACUCAAGAGCUCUCCUCUCCUCUUCUCCUCUCCUUCCUCUCACACCGUUCCGAAGCCCCCACAGAGUCCACUUACUGAACCCCAGAAGGAAAAAUGGCUGACGUGGUGCAGUACCGGCUCGAGCGCAUGGUGGACGAGCUCGACGACCUCGAGAUACGAGGCCUCUUUUCGCGCCGGGAGAUAUCCGAGAUCGUUAAGCAGCGCCGCAAGUACGAGUACAGGCUCAAGCGCCCUAGCCCGCUCAAGCAGGACUACCUGGCCUACAUCGAUUACGAGACUCAGCUGGACUCGCUCCGCCGCCUCAGGAAGAAGUCGGUGGCUCGUGAACUCAAGGCCAAAGGCAACAAGAAGAUGAAGCAGUCCAUUUCGGACUUCGCCGGCGUCUCCAGGAUCGUAGAUAUUUACCGGCUCGCCGUUAUGCGCUUCAAGGGCGAUAUCGAUUUGUGGUUUCGGUAUCUUGAGUUUUGCAGGCAGCGAAGGAAUGGGAGAAUGAAGAAGGUCUUGGCCCAGGUAAUUAGGUUUCAUCCAAAGGUCCCCGGAGUUUGGAUUUAUGCUGCAGCAUGGGAAUUUGACCAUAACUUAAAUGUUGCAGCUGCUCGUGCUCUCAUGCAGAGCGGUUUGAGAGUCUGCCCAACUUCAGAAGAACUGUGGGUCGAAUAUCUUCGGAUGGAACUCACUUACCUUAAUAAGUUAAAAGCCCGGAAGGUUGCACUUGGAGAGGAUAAGGGAACUCUGGUCCAUGAUGAUAGACUUGCUGAUGAAAAACAGUGGAGAGACGAAAACAAGGAUUUGUUUAUGUCCCUUAAAGAUGAAGAAAUAAAUAACGAUAAGAAUGUUGACGAGGAGGAGUCAAAGAUGAAAUUAGAUUUGUUUCGACAACAAGGUUUGAGUGUUCUAAGAACUAUCUAUAAUGCCGCAGUCAAAGCUCUCCCUUCUAGUUUUAGCCUGAGAAAGCAGUUGUUUGAAAUAUUGGAAGCAAUGGACCUAUCACAGUCAGAAGAUAUAUGUAAGGAGAUGCUAAAUGACCUGAAGAGAGACUUUUCGACAGAUCCAGAAUAUUGGGAUUGGCUUGCAAGCCUUAGAUUUGCUGAUGCUAAAAGUGCACCAGGGAUGAACGAAGAAGAAAUUGUUCUUUCCCAGGCACAAAAAGCAAUUGAGGUUUACGAGGAGGCUUUAAAAUUCGUACCUUCAGCCAAAAUGUUUAAUCUGUAUGCAAAGUUUUUGAUGGGUAUAAUUGAUCCCCAAAAAGAAGAAAACCAACAUUCUGAGCUAUCCAUUCAUACUGUAGACUAUAGUUCACAUCUCUUGAUGGUAUAUGAGAAGGUUGAAACAAUGGGUUGUAUUACUGAGGAUCUUGCUUGCCAACAUAUUUCAUUUUCUUUGCAAUUGGGAAGAUUGGAUGAAGCCAGAAAACUGGCAGAAAAGUAUUGCAGUGGAAAUUUGUCAGAUUCAGUGCAGUUAUGGGUAUUAAGGGUCUCGAUAGAGAUUAGAUGCGUAACAAAGGAUUCUCCUUCUCUAAGUAAAGCUGAUCUGCUAUCCAUUUAUGAACUCCUAACAAAAAUCUUGAAAAAAGUGCCUGUUUCAAAAGCUGAAAGCUUAUGGCUAAUGGCCCUGAAGUUCUUUGCGAAUCACAAGCAUAUUUUUGACAAGCUGGUAGAGAUGUCUCUUGUUUCAUUAGCUAGAGAUGGUGGCAGCGAAGAUGGAUUUUCCCUCUCCGCUGCUAUUGUAAAUUAUGUUCUUCCUAAGGAUGGGAUUCAGUGUGCAAGAGAGAUGUAUAAGCAAUUUCUUGCUUUACGGCGUCCUGGUCUUGCUUUAUACAGAAACUGCAUCGAAUUAGAAUCAAAUCUUGCAUCUGUCGGCGAUAAAGAUGGCCUUGUAAAUGCCCGGAAAUUAUAUGAAUCCGCACUUGCAACUUUCGACCAAAAUGCGAGCUUGUGGCAAGGUUACUAUUCACUGGAGACUAAGAUGGGAACAUCAGAAACAGCAAGUGCUGUUCAUUGGCGUGCACUGAAGACUCUAAAAGACACAACUGCACUCGUUACAUCUGCGGACUUAUGAUAAUUUCUCAAUUUUGAUCUCUUUUCUAUUAUUUGAUUGUAUUUUCAGACGCAGAUAAAUGAGACUAAUGGCCGGUUUACACCCUCUAGCAUCAAAAGUGAGCAAAUUAUAUUUUCUUUUC